AUGGCGUCUCUACAGCUUAAGAGUAAUGAAACGUUUUACUAUUCGAAUAUAUCCAAUAUGGGGGAGGACAGCGGGAAGGGAUCGACGAACGGUGCAGGUGCACCGAAAACAGACGGAUCUUGUGAAAGAAAGGACAGUGAGAAGGUGCACUCGGACAAGUAUGUGUGGUGCUUCUACAAUAACAUGUACAAGAAGAUGGAGAUUUGCAGAUUUAGCGAGUCGGGAAAGGAUUACACCCUUAAGAGAAAAGGAGAGACCCUGGAGAACGUCCCCGCAGAGAAGGUCACCCCGUGUCUGAAGGAGCACAUCCAGCUAGACAGCGAAAACAAUAUCGACAUUAUACAACUGAAUGAACCCAAUGUGAUAGAGAAUUUAAAAAACCGAUACGCGAAGAAUAAGAUAUAUACCUUCCAUGCAUCCCUCCUCUUGGCCAUCAACCCGUAUAAGGAAAUAAAGGGGCUCUACGGUGUGCAGAGUAUGAACCGAUAUUUGAACAAGUUUGGGAGGGGCUGCUUGGGAAGAGGCAGGAACAACGACCACAGUGAUAAGCGUAGCGGGGGCGGCAAGACCGAUGGUAGGACCAAUCAGCGCUUCGACGACCCGAGCGCCCCUGCGCACAUCUACGACAUCGGGAACAUGGCCUACAGAAACAUGGUGCUGAAGAAGAAGAGACAAACAAUCGUCGUCUCGGGGCACAGUGGAAGUGGGAAAACCGAAAAUUGUAAAAUUCUGUUCAAGUACUUCCACUACAUUUUCUUCCACAAGAAUGGAGGGCGCGGGGAAGGAGAGGCGGGCGAGCAAGGAGAGGAGGACGGGAAAGGAGAGGCGGAUGAAGCAGCGGAGCGCCCAAGCACACAGCCGAGUGAACUCCUUUCAGCAGAGCUGCUUCACCCGGGUGAUCCGAGCGGAGACGCAAACCGCCAACGGAUUGACAAACUAAUAUAUAUUAACAGCAUAAUCGAGGCCAUGAGUAACGCUAAGACCAUCAAGAACAACAACAGCAGCAGGUGCGGACGAAUCAACGAUUUGGUGUUUGAGGAGAGGAACAGGACAGACGAAACCAUUUUCAAUUACUGCUUCUCUAACAUCAAAAUUUUUAUCCUCCUGCUUGAAAUCAAUCGGUGCAUCAGUCACAACAAAGGUGAAAGGAAUUUUCACAUUUUUUACCAAGUCGUUAGGGGGUUGACCGAUGCGCAGUUGGGUCAGAGGGGACUGGUGAGAGAUGUUCAUCGGUACAGGCUUCUCAGUGGUGGUACCCAUGGGGAGGAUAGUCCUAGUGGUGAGUCUACCCUUGAGGAAGAAAGGAAAGACGAGCAUAACUUUCAGCACUUGGUGAACGGCCUGAGGUACAUACAGUAUGACGAGGGUAGGAUAAGUGAGCUUGUAGAUGUGAUCGCUGGGGUGAUUCACUUGGGGGAGAUUGAUCCGGGUGGGGCGGGAGAAGAUGGGGGAUUGGCUAGUGAGGAGCGCGGUGAGUCGAAGCUGGGGUCGAGGCUGGGGUCGAGGCUGGGGUCGAGGCUGGAAUCGGAGUUGACAUCAGAGUUGAAGUCGAAGCAUGAAGCUCAGCAUGAGGCUCAGCAUGAGGAUCAGCCGGUGCAGCUGGGGGGGGAGGCCCCUAAUGGAGACAGCUACCAAAACGCAUGCGCCUGUUUGCGAUUGCCAAUUGCCGAUCUACAGAACAUGAUAAGGUUCAAAUGCAUCCACGUCUCGGGGGAAAGGAUCAGGACCCAUCGGAGUAGAGACAAUUCGAUGUACACUCUCCACAGCUUGAUAAAGGUGAUAUAUAAAAACCUAUUUAGUAAAGUCGUGAGUGACAUAAAUCGGACGCAUCUGUCUGGGAAAGAGAGUGAACAAAUUAUGAACGAAUCUGUGUACGCAAGGAAUAAUCACAUAAUUUCGAUUCUGGACCUAUACGGGUUCGAGGAACUAGCUUCCAAUGAUUUUGAGCAGCUGUGUAUCAAUCUAGCUAAUGAAAAAUUAAAUAAUUACUACAUUAUGAACGAAGUAGAGAAAGAGAAACUCAUCCACAAGGAAGAAAAUAUCCUUUGGGAUGAUGUUCCUAUUCCGAAUUACAAAGAAACGAUUCAGUUUGUGGAAAAAUUAUUUUCAAAUUUGGAUGAUAUAACAAAGUUGAGUAGUUCUGGGCAGAAGAAAGUGGAUGAAAAUUUUUUUUCCUACCUUUUAAAUAAUGAGAGGAGUUACCUGGAGAAGGGUACAUACGGCUUUGUCAGCAGCAAGGACGGCUCCUACACUGAUAGGAGGCACAGUGUGCAGAGGAAUGUCUUCUUUGUGAAGCACUACGCGGGGUGCGUAACCUACACGGUGAAUGAUUGGAUAAAGAAGAACAGCGACCGGGUUGAAGCGGAGAUAGAGGAGUUGAUCGCCCAGUCGGGGAACUGGUUCCUUCGCGGGGGGGGAGCGGUGAGUGAGAAGGGCGAAGCGGUGAGUGGGCAUGGUGAACCUCUGAGGGGGCAUGUCGAACCGCUGAGUGGGCACGGUGAACCGCCCAGGGGGAACACCCAAACGGAAGCAACAACCGCAUCCCCGUUUCGGGGCGAAGUAAGUGUGGGCAAAUUACAAAACGGGGAUGGCAUAACCCAGCGAAGAGUCGGGAAUGUGCGAAGUGACGCGAACUGUUUUUUGGCCUCUACAAGAGGUGUGGGGGUACCCACCACUAGGGAGAGUAGCCAUACCACAUGCAAUAAGAACGUCCUUAGUGUUAGUAAAAAGUAUAUUAAGGAACUGGACAAGCUAUUCUCAAACAUGGAGAAAACGGACCUACAUUACAUUAGGUGCAUACUUCCAAACGAACAAAUGAAGAGAGAUAACUUUAAACGGAGACUGAUCUACACGCAGUUGAAACAGUGUGGAGCGAUUGAAAUGGUGAAGAUAGUAAAUAGAGGGUUGUCUCACAAGGUACUGAAAGGAGAGCUCCUACACAGAUGUGAGAGAGAUGUUCCGAAAAAACUGCAGCAUUGUAGGAGUGACGAUAUUGUUUAUUACUUCAUGAGAUUAUUUGACGAGACAAACAGCUUUAAGUUGGGAACGAAUUACAUUUUUAUGGGAUCAAGUGUGUACACAGAUGUGUAUGGGUAUUUGUAUGGUGAUCACUAUCAUCAGAUCAGCAGUCUUUCCUUGGAGAACGAGAGGGAGAAAAAAAUCCUCAAAGAAAUAAGAGCUAUGCGGUUUUGGAGAUGCGUAUCGGUGGUAAAGAUACACAACUGGUUGAACAGUCACUAUAGGACCUACUUGAAUAAAAAAAAAAAGAUGAAGGAGAAGGCCUGCGAUUAUAUGUUUAAAGCUUACUUAGUUUUCAAGACAGUGAUGAGUGUGAAGAGGAGCCUGGGUUACAACGUCCGUCGUUUGCAGAGGGUGCUGGCGCGCAAGGCGUAUGGGGGGUUCUUCAAGCGGGUGCGCGCGGUGGUGAGGGGGAAGCACAAGAAGGGGGGUACUUCGUUGGGCGGGGCAGUGCGUUCGAAGGUUGGUGCGGAGGGGGGCAGGAAAGGAGUCUCGAAAGAGGUGGCUGAAGAAGUCGCGAAAGAGGUGACUGAAGAAGGCACGAAAGAGGUGACUGAAGAAGGCACGAAAGAGGUGACUGAAGAAGGCACGAAAGAGGUGGCUGAAGAAGGCACGAAAGAGGUGACUAAAGAAGGUACUAAAGAAGGCAAUAACGUAGUCCCUGAUGCAUGCACUAAAGUAACCCCUGAUGCAUGCACUAACGUAGCCCCUGACACGGGCGCCAACGGGCUCGGCCGCGUGGCACCAGAAAUUUUUGUGGCCACCCCGGACAACUACCACCACGUGUACAAUGACAUCGACUGGGUCGUGGUGUUCCGAGAGAAGCAGGUGCACCUGUACAGUGUCUCUUACGCCUUUGAGCGUGUGUGCAAAAGGUACCUCCCCGAUUUUGACGCAGUCACGGUGAAGAAGCUUCCUUGGGGAGGAGGUGACUAUCCCUUUGCACAGUUCGGGACAGACAGACACAUGCCUCCCCCCAUUCAAUGCAUCGGUCAGCAUCCCCUGUACAAGAAUACGUUUCUAUCGGUGGAUUCCAACUUAGCUGUGUGUAUCUUUACCUACCCAACAUUGGACUCUAUUAGGAGUUUCCUCAAAAGGAAGAUCGAGUUGAUGAAGCGGGGAAGCGAGGACAUACCGAGCACGUACCUGCCGCAGUUGCAUCGGAGUAGGAGAUUUGGAGGCCCCUCGGGGGGGACAUCAUCAAUGGGUACAACCACAAAGGAAAGUCAACCAGGUGAACUCUUCAGCGAAGAAAACCUUAACAUGUUCAUGCAUAUGUACAAGGGUGUGUAUGUGCUGAGUUCGCUGGGCAAGUCAGCAGGGGGGGCCGAAGUGAUGGAAGAAGGGGAAGCGGGACGAUGCAAGCAAACAACGCGAACGGCGCGAAGAACGAGAGAAGAAUGCACCUUGCUGAAGCGAAUAAACAAAGAGGAAUAUAUCGAGGAGCAGAUAUACACAAAUCCAUCAUUUAAAAUACUGAAGGUCUCCUUCCUCCCCACAAGCCUUACCCACUUCAUGUGUCUAGCCUACUCACAAAUAGGACAGGACCAUUACUUGUUGGUGACCAUAGUGAACUGCUUCUCCAAGCCGAUCUACAGUUACACAACGAAAAUUCACAUCAGUAACGUUAUCGAGAAUGAGCAAUUUAGGAAGCUCUUUUUACAAUUUUGUGGAGACUCUCUUUCUAGUGGUGAAAUAGAAUCGAUGUGGAGAGACCCCGUGGAGAGGGAGGAACUUCACCUAGGGGAGAAAAAGGAAGAAAAAAAAGAAGACGUAGAGAAGUAUCUCAGUACAAUAAACAUGACCGUAAUUAGCAACUCGCAUGUAGUCAUUCACGGAGCUUGUCUUCUCAUCCUGGUGGAAGUACAACGUUACGAUAUAGGCUGUUCACAGGUGGGUCUACGAGAGUAUGAGUGCAAAUUUUUGCGAGUGGUAUUUAACCUGGCCUGCUUUGAAGUCUUUAGCCACGUGUGUGACGAGCACCUGGGGAAAUUGUCACACGAUUUGAAGCACAGCUUGGUUGUUGAUGAGUUGCACGGGUGGGGGGAGGAGCGGCAGAAGGGGUGGGAGCGGACGAAGAGGGAAGACCAGGGGAAGAAUACUCGGAUUUGCCUGAACGGGUCAGGCGAUCCUGAUACUUCUGCACAUUUGGGUGGACCGCGCGACGAAGUGGGGAAGCAGCUCAACGAAGUGGGGAAGCAGCUCGACGAAAGGGGGGCGCAUCUAGACGAAACGGCCGCGCAGGAACCGCCGCGCCAAUGCUCCUUCUAUGUAUUUUCCCCACGGGGCCAAAUAUACCUGUUGACGAAUGGCGGGCAGGGGGGCUCCUCUGGGGAGCUCUUUCGCCACGGCCCCUGGGGGAUUCGCAAGUUCGCAGUGAGGCGGUCAAGGAGGGGGGAAGCAACGUGGGAAGGGGCAAAUGAGGAGGGGGAAGGCAUGAGUGAAGGCGUGCGUGAAGGUAUGAGUGAAAUCUUGAGUGAAAGCGUGCGUGAAGGCGGGGGUGAAGGCGUGGGUGAAGGCGUGCGUGAAGGCGGGGGAGACGCCCCUCCGUGCAGCUACUACGGAGUCUUUAACAUGAACAUUAGCUACUUUUACAAACAGGAGUACUACAAAAGUAGCGUGACGUUGAACCCUUCUGUCCAGGCGACGAUUAGAAAAUAUGUUUGCAGUCGGAAGGAGGCAGUCAUGGGGGUCAGUCGCUGCAUUAGCAGAUCUUUAUUCCCAGAUGUGUGCAUUUUGCGUGAAUGGAAGGGUAGGCUUUCCGGGGGGGUGAAGCGGGACUGCCUUUACUACAGCUUAAGGAAUGGUGGGGAGGCCAUGACUCUGUACCGUGGGGAGGACAUGACCCUGUACCGUGGGGAGGGGCACUCGGCGCCCCUUCCUGACUCGACGUAA